UGAGAUUCAAGGUCCCUAAACAAUUUUGAAUGCAAGUUUAAACCCUAUCACUGAAAACCAUCACUCCUCUUCCCAUCGGCGAUGGCCUUUACUCUAGAGCCGCUGCAACUCGAUGCCCCUAAACCUCCAAGCCCUAAACGCCUCAAAAUGACCCCUUCCACCACAGAUGACGAGAACGCAUCAGCUCCCAAGAAACGCUUCAAAAAACGCAAAAUCGCCAUUUUCCUUGCUUACUGUGGUGUUGGCUAUCAAGGCAUGCAGAGAAACCCUGGCGCCAAGACCAUUGAAGGUGACCUCGAGCUCGCCCUCUUUAGAGCGGGCGCAAUUGCCGAAUCUGACUUCGGUGACCCGCGUCGAGUAGAUUGGAUGAGAUCGGCUCGAACUGACAAAGGAGUGAGUGCCAUCGGCCAAGUGGUUUCAGGACGUUUUUUCAUUGAUCCACCUGGUAUGAUCUCGCGCCUUAAUGCUCAUCUUCCUGAACAAAUUGUGGCUUUAGGGUUUAAGAGAGUCACUUCUUCGUUUAAUGCAAAGAAGUUCUGUGAUCGAAGAAGGUAUGUGUAUUUGUUGCCUGUUUUUGCUCUUGAUCCUAGUGCGCACCCUGAUAGAGAGGCAGUGGCCGCGAGCUUGGGUUCAGAUAAUGAGCUUGUGAAGUGUACUGAGUGUUCAGAGCGUGGACGCAAGGUGCCUGGUGUCAUGGGCCAUGGCGAUGGUAGGGUUACGGUUUCUGGUGAUAAGGUUAAGGUUUCAGAGAGUAAUGGGGAUGCUGCUCAAAUUAGGGAAAAUAAUGAAGGUGGUGGUGACCAGCACACGGUUUCUGAGGAAAAUGGAAGUGGUGCUCAGAUUAGGUUUACUGAUGAUGAUGAUGGAGGCGCAGGUGAAAUUAGGGUUUCUGAAGAAGAAAGAGGUGCCUGUGAAAUUAAGGUUUCUGAAGGUGAUGGAGGAUCUAAUGAAACUAGGGUUAAUAGACGUACUAUUGAAACUAAGGUUUCUGAAGAUGAAGUUGUAGGUGCUUCGGGCCUUGAAAUUAAGGGUUCUGAGGUGGAAACUAGGGUUUCUGAGAAUGAUGCUGGUUUCACUGCAUUGGGAACUGACAAUGGUGUUCAAGGUGAGCUCUAUGAAAAUAGAAAUGGUGUUUCUCUUUCAGACAGUAGGGAAGGAAAUGGUAAGAACCUGCAGCACAGGGUGUCUGUAGACUCUUCAUUGAAAAAUGAAACUGAAACUGAAAUCCACAUCACAGGCGAUCAACCCAGAGAUGGGGAUCUAUCAAAUGGAGUGACCACAGACAACACUGGUUUCAUUUACAGUGAGGAGGUAAAGGAGAGAUUUAACAAAAUUCUCAAGCAAUAUGUGGGGACUCACAAUUUCCAUAAUUUGACAACUCGAACCAAGGCAGAAUGUCCAUCUGCUUUUCGAUACAUUUUAUCAUUUGAAGCAAAUGAAGUUGUUACAGUGGAUGGUAUUGAUUUCAUCAAGUGUGUGGUUUUGGGUCAGAGCUUCAUGCUCCACCAAAUUCGCAAAAUGGUUGGGCUUGCUGUGGCCAUUAUGCGAGGAUGUGCUCCUGACUCCAUGAUAGCCACUGCUCUAAGGAAGGAUUUGAGAAUCAAUGUUCCAACUGCUCCCGAGCUUGGGCUGUUUUUGGAUGAGUGUCUCUAUACUUCAUAUAACCAGAAAUGGAGCGAUUCACAUGAGGAAUUGUCUCUUAAGGAUUAUGCAGUGCAAGCUGAAGAGUUCAAAAUGAAACACAUAUAUUCCCACAUCGCAUCUACUGAACAUAAAGAAGGUCUUGUUGCCCUUUGGUUGCACUCUCUGAACCAGAGGAACUAUCCCGAUUUUCAAAUGGCAGGGAUAGACGGAGGUGGAGGCUCUGAAAGCAUUGCAGUUUUAAAAGGUGAAGCAGUUGGCUAAGUUGGUUUUGUUAAAAUUGGUCUCCACAGAUGACGUCUAUGAUUUUAUUCAAUGGCUGUGUUGUUCGUGUAUGGAAAUCCACAGUUGAUUUUUCCUCUGUUUUUCCGCCUUUCCUUUUGUAUCUUAUUUUGUUAUGUUUUUUGUUUCUUUUCAUGUUUGCUUGUCUAGUUCUGUUAUUUAGUAGGUUUCACCAAUACAGCAGUUAGGGUUAUUCUAAUGCUUUUCCCCCUUCUUGUGGAGCACGUACUUUCAAGAACCACAUACUUUACCCACUUUGAGAACGGGUGGCAGUAUACUGGCAUUGGAAAGCAUACUAUUCUUGAUCACAUGCGAUAUAUGUUAAUGUAAAUUGUAAGAAGCAUAAAGUUAUGGCCUUAUUGAAUGUAAUUAUUAUAACUAAUAAUUCACUGUUCCUAUAAAGUUAUUGAUUAUAAAGGC